UAUAUAGUGAUAGAGAGAGAGAAGAAACCCCUCCCAAAAAAAAAAGGAUAAAAAUGAAAGGAAAAUGCUAUAGAUAUGUGUUUGUGUAUAUACAUGACACCUAGAGCACACAUAGAAGAACCUCAGAAAAUUUCAUUUAUAGCAAAAGAGAGCAAAAGAAAAGGGGCAUCAAAUAGCUCUCUCACCAUGGGAUGAUUCUAGCUAGCUAUCUCUUCCUCUCACUCUCACUCACUCACUCUUUUCAUUAGCUCAAAAAUAACAAUCUUGAGUUUUUUUUUUGGGAGGAGGGUGUUUAGAUAAGGUUUUCGAGAGAAAAAAGCUUCUUGAAUUCAACCCUUUUGUUCAUCUUUUUUUUUUCCCUUUGUUUUUAAUUUGUGAAAGUGAUUUCAAAAAAUUUAGAUAGAAGAAAUUCAACAAAAAUGGCAGCAGGACCUUCAUCAGCUGUGUUUUUAGCAAUGAGAGAAGAAGAACAGAUGAAACAACAACAUGAACUUCUUCUUCAUCAGCAACAACAACAACAACAACAUGCCUUACCACCAUCAUCAACAGCUCAAUCUCAACAAGCACCAACAAAAAAGAGAAGAAAUCAGCCUGGCACACCAAAUCCAGAUGCUGAGAUAAUAGCACUAUCUCCCAAGACCCUAAUGGCGACAAACAGGUUUGUGUGUGAGGUAUGCAACAAAGGUUUCCAAAGAGAACAAAACCUACAGCUACAUAGGAGAGGACACAAUUUGCCUUGGAAGUUAAAGCAGAAGAGUACAAAAGAGGUUAAGAGAAAGGUUUAUUUAUGCCCUGAGCCCACUUGUGUUCACCAUGAACCUUCAAGAGCACUUGGAGAUCUUACUGGUAUCAAGAAACAUUAUUCAAGAAAACAUGGUGAGAAGAAAUACAAGUGUGAAAAGUGUUCCAAGAAGUAUGCUGUCCAAUCUGAUUGGAAAGCUCAUACUAAGACUUGCGGCACGCGCGAAUACCGAUGCGAUUGUGGCACCCUUUUCUCCAGGCGUGAUAGUUUCAUCACUCACAGAGCAUUUUGUGAUGCAUUGGCACAAGAAAGUGCAAGAAAUCCACCAAGUUUGAGCAGCAUUGGGAGUCAUUUAUAUGGAAGUAGCAACAACAACAUGAGUUUAGGCGGUCUCUCGAAAAUAAAUUCCCAAAUUUCAUCAGAUCAUCAAGAUAUGCUUCAUUUCGGAGGCAACAACAAUAACAACAUGAAGAAUAUCGCUAGUGGCGGGGCCCACCACCAUCAUCACAAUCAGUUCGAUCACAACAACAACAAUCACCUCAUUGGCUCAUCCACAUUUCGCCCUUCCACCUCUUUUUUCCAGCUUCCAAUUGAUCAAACAAGUCAUCAAUCUGAUUAUGUGAUGAAUAAUAAACCAGCAAUUCAUGGGCUAAUGCAGCUUCCUGAUCUUCACAACAACGCGAAUUCCAGCUCAGCUAAUAUGUUUAACCUGAAUUUCUUCCAGAAUAACAACAAUGUUGAUAAUGACAAUAGCAAUAUCUCUGGAGGAGGUCCAGGUGGUUUAUUACUUCCUAGUCCUCAUCAAUUCAGCAACAACAAUAGUGGAGAUGGUUCAAAUAAUUCAUCCAAUGUGUUCUCAGCUGGUACCCUUCUAAGUGAUCACCAUCAUCAUCAUAUGAGUUCAUCAAUUGCUUCUCUUUAUGGCUCAUCAUCACUUCAUCAGAACAAUGCUACUAAUUCACCGGCCCCGCCAAUGUCCGCCACGGCACUACUCCAGAAAGCAGCUCAGAUGGGUUCUACUACAAGUUGCAACAGUAGUAGCACUAGUGCCUCAUUGCUCAAAGCCUUUGGAUCAGUUGGCGGUGGUGGUUCGUCGUCUAGCGCCAUGAAAUCUGAUAUUCACCCACCGCCAGGUGUAAACUUUAGUGGCGUUUACGGCCAUGACGACUCUAUGGGCGGUGGGAAUCACCUUCAUGACCUAGUCGUCAAUGCUUACGGUGCACAAGAACAAGAUCAUCAUCAAAACGACUAUGGAGUAAUAGGAGGGUACAACAACAAGGUGAAUAGUUAUGAGCAGCCACCACAGAAGAAGCAAAUGAUUAAUAACUUUUCAAUGGAAAUGGGAAGUGAACAAGCUAAUAGGUUGACAAGGGACUUUCUUGGUGUUGGAGAAAUAGUAAGGAGCAUGAGUGGUGGAGGAUUUAGCAGCAGCAGCCAACAGAUAAGCUCAUUGGACAAUAAUUCUGAGAGUAGAAAAACUCAAAGCCAUCGUCAGCCUUUUGGAGGCGCUACUGGCAAUUAUCAGUGACAUUCAACGAGUAAUAUACAAAGUUAGGGAAGAAGAAAGGAAAGCAAAAAAAAAGUGAAGGGAUGUAAUUGGGUCCAAGAAAAGUUUUUUACAAUGGAGCAGAUAGCUGUAGAAUGAAGAAGUUCUCUUGAAGUUUUUAGCAGGAAUUUAGAGUAAUACCUUUAUUUCUGGAAAUAACUUUAGAAAACAAACUUAUGAGAAUCUUUUUUUUUUUUUGGGUGCAGUUAGGUUCUGCAGUCUUUACUUUCUUAAGUUGUUUAUUUUGUUUUUGUUUUUAGUUUUGUGUUGUGUCCAAAAAGAUAGGCCAAGAUACAGGUAUUAACUGCACAAAAUUUUAGAACUGCCAUUCCUUGAAUUGAAAA